AUGCCCCUCGUUUUCAAGGCCGACAAGACCAAGACUGAAUCAAGUCAUGAUCGCAACGAGAAGGCCGACAGAGCAGAGAGCUGCGACAGUUACCACCCUGGCACCACGAUCAGGGCAUAUCAGCCAAAACAAUGGUGCGCGAAAUACCACGGCCUCAUUUUUCAGAAUCUCGGAUCCCUUAUGGUCUUACCAGUGACCGGGUCAGGCCAGGCAGAGGCAAUGUGUUUUUUCGAGUAUAUUUCGAUCAAGCAUCUGAAUGAAUACCACCCCUGCGAGUCAUGGCGGAAUACACUUAUAUUCUUCUCCCAAACUGUGCCAUCAGUGCGAUAUGCCGCGAUUGCUCUGGCCUUGGUCCACCGAAACUACCUGGAUCGCGACUCUAGCGACCGUAUGCAUCAACCGCAAUCCUUCAAAGACUGCCGACCGGACAAGGCUCCCUUGCUUUACUAUAAUCAGGCCAUUCAACUUCUUCUGAAUCAUGAAAGUGGUGACAGCACCGAGACAACAGCCAUCACCCUUUUAGUCUGCUAUCUCUUCACCUGCUUUGAUCAUCUAGCGGGCAACUACGUACAAGCAGUGAAGCACCUGCGCGGAGGUGUGGAGCUCUCACGCGACACCGACAAGGCUAUACUGAACAACGACAGAAUUUAUGAUGAUGCCAAACCCUCAGGGGCUUGCAUGCUUAUCUGCCAAGUCACAAAACAGAUCCGCCGUCUCGAUAUGCAGGCUGCAACGUUUCUGGUCGACUGGACUCCAGCCGACAUCCAAGAGACAUUUAUGUCCCAGCUUCUACCCUCCGACGGUACCUUCCGGUCUCUCGACCAAGCCGCCGACCACCUCCAGAUCCUCGUCGCUCAGGUAAUGAGACUACGCAGCACGGAGCAGCAAAUUCCCCCGAUGGGUAAGAUGCCAUCACCUUUGUCACUCAAGGAUAUCAUUCUCCGACAGUUGGAAACGUGGUCGAGUCUCUUCCAGAACAUACUACAAGGCAGCUCCUAUGAGACAGAUUCUGAAACUUACCUGCUCGUAUCACUUCUGCGUCUACAACAUACUAUCGCAUGGACUCUCCUCAGUAGUUACGGACCCGGCAGGGAAAUGGCCUAUGACAACUUCCUGCCCCAAUUCCAGCAAUGCGUGGCCUUAGCGAGCGACGUAGCGGCGGCUCAUGAGCGGUAUUCGGGGUCAUUAAACCCGACGUUUACGCCGGAGAUCGGAAUUGUUCCCGUGCUCUACAUAAUCGGGGUCAAAUGCCGACAUCCCAUAGUCCGACGCGAGGUCUUGAGUAUCUUGCGACGGCGGCCGAUACGGGAGGCGGUUUGGGAUAGCAUUUAUACUGCCAGGGUGGUUGAGCGGGUAAUCGAGAUUGAAGAAGGCGGUUCUGGGGAGGGGCAAAUGAAACAGAGCAUGGAACAAAUUGCUGUUUGGCAGAGGAUUGAGACUUUGUCUUGGGUACAUGUCGUUGGUGGACACACUGCGGCUAGGUUGGAUGUCACGUAUACGUUCUGUGCGCGAGAGGGAACGCAUGUCGAAUCUCUCAUAAUAUAA